CGCUGUCCCGCGGAGGGCGGGGGAGCGAACUGUUGUGGUGCGGCGCGUUGGGCGGGCGGCGGCCGGGCGGCCCAGGGGCUGCUGCUGGGGUCGGGGGCGCAGCCGAGAGGCUGCAGGGGUGGGGCGGCCCGGACGCGCCGCGGGGCCCGGGCGCCGCGGGUUCGAGGCCGGGCCCCGCGCGAGGAGGCCGCGCCACCCCGGGGGAGCUGCCCGGUAGCGAGUUUGCCCCGCAGCCGAAAGAAGGCGGGAGCCGGCAGGGGCCUUCGAAACCCUCUGGCAUCCUGGGCCGAGAGUCCCUGGGGAGCGGCUGCUUCCCGGGACGUUGUCCCGGACGCCUCCGUUGUAGGGUAACGGUUCUGGGCCCCCGGCAGUAGGCGCCACCGGGUGACCCCCGGCGGGGCCCUGCGAGCCGCGGGAGUCGACCCCGGGGCUUCGAGUGGGAAGGAACGGGUUUCCGGAGCCGCGGAGCCGGGGGCUGAAGGAGCCGGGCCUCUCGGACGCGGGACAGGGCUGCGCCGGGUCUGGAGACCGACUCUGGGACUCGGGUGUGGGAGUCUGGGCGACCUGCCCCGCGGCGAGCGCGGCCGCGGAGUGGCCUAGAGGGGACCCUCCACCAGAGGGGCCAGCCCGGGGCGGGGAAAUGAACGGCUUCAGCACCGAGGAGGACAGCCGCGAAGGGCCCCCUGCCGCCCCCGCCGCCGCCCCGGGUUACGGCCAGAGCUGCUGCCUCAUCGAGGACGGCGAGCGCUGCGUCCGGCCCGCGGGCAACGCCUCCUUCAGCAAGAGGGUCCAGAAGAGCAUCUCGCAGAAGAAACUCAAGCUGGACAUCGACAAGAGCGUAAGGCACCUAUAUAUCUGUGAUUUCCACAAAAAUUUCAUCCAGAGUGUCCGAAAUAAAAGGAAGAGGAAGACAAGUGAUGAUGGGGGAGAUUCUCCUGAGCAUGACACUGACAUUCCUGAGGUCGAUCUGUUCCAGCUGCAGGUGAAUACUCUACGACGUUAUAAACGACACUACAAGUUGCAGACCAGACCAGGCUUCAAUAAGGCCCAGUUAGCAGAAACUGUCAGCCGACAUUUCAGGAACAUACCUGUGAAUGAAAAAGAGACCCUUGCCUACUUUAUCUACAUGGUGAAGAGUAACAAGAGUAGACUGGACCAGAAAUCAGAAGGCAGCAAGCAGCUUGAGUGAGGAUGAAGCACAUCUCAAAGGAAUGAAGUCUAAUACUUAAUACACAGGUGAUGUCUGCUACAUUUAAGCCCAUAAAGACUGUUAAAUUUUAUUGUAAAUAAAAAAGUUUGAAUGAUGAAUACUGUAAAUCUUUUUGGUCAGGAGGAUUAUAUUCUCAUUCAGCAUGUGUAUAGAAAGACUUUCAUCUAAGAUAACUUGUGGACUGAAAAAAUGGGAUCAUAAAAAGUAAAGAAAAACUAUGUAUUGCAGCAUUCAACAAAGCAUUAAGUCAGUUCUACUGGAAAUGUGGGCUAAGAAAUGUUUUAUUAGUUACCUUAUAAUACCAGGCUGCCACAGGUGAGACAUAACCCUGGGAUAGCUGCCAGGUAACAAUUGAUGGUGGAGGUGCAUGAGCAGACCAAAUCUGGACUUGCAUGCUGCCCACUGGGAACAUAGAUAUCCCACAUGCUUUGUUGCCAGCUUUGUCGUUUAUCAGCAGAUCGAUUUGACAUUGGUUACCCUCACUUGCCCUGUGCCUUGUACACAGUAGGCAUUCAAUCAGUAUUUAUAGGGUAACUGAGCUUGUAACAUCUGUUUCACACCUCUUUUCACUGAGAUCUCUGCCAUUUCUGUUGUUUGCCACUUAACUGCCAGAGUGUGGAGGAAAUCCUGAUGCACCAACAAGGAAAUUUCCAAUCAAGGAUUUCAGGACAGUUGCAGUCACAAAGCUCUAUUUUUCAAAGUUCUAGAAACACUGAUACAAAAACCCUCAGAGAAGACACAGUCCUUUGUACACCACCCCUCUAUGCAUCACUCUUUGGGGUGAAGUUAUAUAUUAUGACUUCAGCCAAGCUCUUGGGCAAUAAGUGCUUUGACAUGCAGAGAUAUUUAGUGAAUUGGGGCUAAUGUUUUCAGAAGUAUUAAUCCUUAAUUCACAACCACUACAAAAGCUGCCAAGGACCAUAUGAUUCCUGCUCAGAAGUCCAGCUGUGGGAUUAAAAACCUGGCUGGCCUUGAUUCUCUGGGCUCUGGUCAGCAGCAAAUUAUGAGUUUGAGCAACAAAGGUCAGUGUGGUCUCAUGCUCGUUUUUGUGAGCAAUCUGUCUCCCUCUUAGGGAGAAACAUUGCUAAAAUAAUUUUUUUAAGUAUUAAUAAUUACCUGAUUUUUUUUUUUUUUUUUUUCAAAAAAGUGGAUUCCUCAAUCUAAUCCCGUCAGAGCCAAAGUAUCCUGUGGAAAAAAAGCUUUAUAUCCAAAAAUACACUUUGCAAAAUUCUCUAAUCAAUGUGAUAGGGGUCAAAGGGUAUGGUGGGGGGGUGGAGAAAAAGAUUUGGAUUCUAAUUUAUGACCAUCUUGACAUAUAUUAUGGUCAAAGGUGUCAUUUUCUUACUCAGUUUCAAUUCUGAGUUAUUUUGUAAGCCUUAAAUAAUAAAAGUAUCAAUGGACAGCUAGCCUGGCAGAGCGUUUCACAGAUGGCUUAAUCUGAGCAACCUCACAGUGAGGUCAGAACAGACCAGGGUGGCAGAGUAUCUAUAAGUCUCAGUUCUGUGAAGCAGAGUACCAUGCUGUCUAUGGAAUGAGGACAGGGCUACCACUCUCACUAAAAUGCAGUGUGUUCCAUUGCAGCAAAGCUUUCACCUAUGUUCAAUGCAUGUCCAGCAGAUUGCAGUCUUUUUAAUUAAAUAUGUGUAAAUGAAUGUACAUAGAAUAUACUCUGGACUACAAGGGGAUCUUAUUUUGAUACACCUCCUGGCUGUGGAUGGCAUGUCAGGGUGCUCUGUGAGUGUUUUUAGUAGUUCAGAUGCAGUGUGUAGUUAGAAGAUAUCUCCUUAAAGCUAAAGGAUAUUGAUAUGGGCAUCAGGAAAGCUCAUCAGGUGCUGGAGUUUGGGGGCAGGUGGAGCCUGUAGGUUAAGGCAUCCUUAACCUGCCCUGUGGAAAUGUCCAUAUCUUUUUGAGAAAGAAAGUGUAUUUUUCUGAUAUUUAAACCAAAAUUGUGGCUAUGUAGGUCAUUUCACUGUUUCCUUAACAGCAAAUCUGUUUUCUCAGUUGAGAGAGACAGCAGUACAUGUCUGCACAAGAACAUGUGGUGUUAGGAUCCAUCUGUUCAAAUGUGUCUCUAAGAAUGCUUUGUUCCAAAGGAAAACCUAGAGAAACUUUCUGUCUUCACCUAGAUGCUGUGUGCACCAUCUUUCCUCUAAAGAGAAGUGCUUUUGCAAAGUGGAGGCUAUGGGUAUCUUUUCAACCUUAAAACAGGUCAAGUGAGAGAAAAGACAAAGCUAUUUUGAACUUCUGUGUUUCUCAUGUGCAGAAAUCUGUUCUUUCAUCAAACCACUAAAACCACUUGCCUUAGCCUCUUCUGCAGAUUCUGAUGGCUUUAUCUGUGGGCAAGAGACUUCUGCCUGUGAGAAAGGGGCAGGACCUCCAAAGUAACAGGGUCUGGCUUCAGGGAGCAGUGGGGUUUGGGGAGAGCAGUGUUCAUCGUGGCUACCUGCAUUUUUAUACCACCUGUCAGACUUGCACUUCUCUCCACCUGUGACGUCGCAGCAUUGCCUUCUUUGCUCUUGGUGCUCCUGGGAAAAACUGGAAUUUCAAAUCCAGAAUUGGCAUUGUCUUCUCCAUAAAGAGUAUGGUUCCUGCCUCAGUUCCAGCUUGGUAUGGUUCUUUCAUAUGCCCUGAAAGUUGUCACAUGGAAUCAUCAAUAUCCUGCCAUUCAUGUUGUUUCAUUUUAAGAUUUUUCAAAAACAAAUGGACAGACUUCUUAUUUCAAGGAGCAAACUCUUAGGUUGGCAAUAGCAUAUGAAAAAUAUCAUAGCUGAAUCUCAUGAAAGAUUGAAAACCAAAGGAUUCAAGACAAGCAUUGUAAAAUAAAGAGGAAUUUUACUUACGUGUUACAGCUGCCGAGUUGUUAGAUGUUCCUGUCUUAGCAAAAUGGUCACUGCUCCCCUUUCAGAGAACAGAUAGUAACAAUUAUUUGCAGCUGGAAUGUUGCAGCUAACCUUAGUGUUUUUGACUCUUUAUUUUGUGGGAACUUUUUUGUUAAUAUCCUGAGGGCAACUGCCAGAUGGAAGGGGGGGGGGGGAGGACUUGUUAAGAGGGUCUUGCCUGGUUGAAGUAGGCUGUCCCAGGUGUGGAUCCCAGAGUAGUUAUUCAUGGAAAUCAUCUGAAGGCUCUCAGUAAUGACAAUGACAAGAUCCAAAAGUUAGGAAAGGACCGUUAAGUCAUCCAGUCUAGUCUCGGCAUAGGUGCUGAUAUUCUGCAUCAACCAUCCCACCAAGGUUGAGCACUCUGGGCUGAAACAUCUCCAAGGACAGAGAACUCACUACCUCUUCGGGAAGCCUGUUCUAUCUUUAUACACCUCUGGCUUUUCUUGUUCUCUUUAGUUUCCUUCUUAGUUUCUGCCCCCUGGGGCCAUAUGGGACAAUUUAUUCUUCUUAGCAAAGGACCUAAUUGCUGGCACUGCUCCGGAGCAUGUUUGUCUUUUGGAAAGGAACAGCUAUGAAACAUACACUUUAGUGUCCUGACUGUCCUUAUAUCUGAGCAUUAUUAUUCCAUUGAGUUCCAUGUUGGAGAAUGUUGAGAAAACCCCAUUAGCCAAGUUAUGCUCACUUGUUCUUGCUGGGGGAAGGAGGUGGGCAGAAAGUGAUGUUGUCUGCUAAAAUAUAACCUCCAACAGACAAGGCCUUAGUUCUGUGUUUGUCCCAUAAAAACUGAUGUUCAAGCAUCACUUAGGACAAACUUUAGCUAGAAGAUUUUAAAAUAAUCUCAUUCCUUUGCAUGGAGUUUAAAGGUUCCUUGGUUUCUGAGGGCUUAUACCUCAAGAUUCCUGUAAGGACUUCAUACACUGUUUUUACUAAGAAAAUAAAGCUUAGGAACUUGGGGGUGGGGGCUGCAUGUCUUUGUAGAAGUGCCAUAUUUUCAAGUUGGAAAGUUCUUAAAAGUUGCUGUUGUCCAGUUUUAGAUACAGGGAAAUUAAAAUUCAAGAAGACGACUGAGGUCACAUGGCACUCUCAAACUAACCCUUAGUCCUCUUGACCUGUCCAGCACUCUUCUCACUUUCUGACUUGCAAGAUGACUAAUGCAGUCUAAAAUAGCACCCUCAGAUUCUUGAGACCUUAUAAUGGAGCAGAAGUUCCCAGGGCCAACCUGGCUCUCAGGGACUAUGAACCAACCUGCAGAACUCAAGGUUGAGUGAAAUGAUUAGGCCAGGUGAGUUUUGCAAAUCAAAUCUAGCCUAUAAUUUCAGACUGGAAAAGCCCUUGUGGGAGACAUAGUAUUGUCCUGGAAUUUAAUCUCUCAGGAAGUGGGCUUGGUCUGUGAUCUCUUGGUCAAACUUCUGCCUUCCAGGCAAGCCUUUAAGGUUGUAUAAAUUCAGUUGGCCCUGGCUCCUGGUCCCUGUUUCUGAGUUAGGCUGUCAAACUGAAGGACAGGUGAACUCAAGACAUGCCCUAGGAAGCAUGGUGCUUUAGGGGUGCCUUUUUAUUCCUCUCGUACUACAGACAGUUUCUAAGUUUAUGGUUAGGAAGGGUAAAGUUGGUUGGAUGUUUGGAGGUAGAAUCCAGCCUGGGGUGCAAAGUAUGAUCUGUUCUUGACAGAAAUGUCUACAUUCAUUAUUUCAUCCAGCUUGCAUCUUAAAACACAAAUACUUCAGUUGCUUUCACUUAAUGAAAACAUUUGCCAAUGACAGAGGGUUGUAUAAGAUCCCUGUUUUACAUUUCUAUUGUCUGUUAUGCUCAUCAGAGUGUAUUUGGGGUAUGGGUUUUUUUUUCCCAUUUUGUAACUGCCUUAUUGAAAAGUAAGUGCCCUUCCAUUCCAGGCCUCCUCACAUUGUACUUGUUCCCUGCCAAAUUUGGGGGAUCAUUUGUAUUUUAAUUUUGUAAUCUAUGGCUCUGUACUGUUGAAAGGCUCUCAAUUCUAUAGGGUCUCCUUAGUAUAUAAUAUGUAUGUGACUUUUCAUGUUACAAUAUCACAUAGAUGGGAUGGCCCAAUUUUCGCUCUUAAUAAACAAUUUGAAUGAGUAAGAAA